GCCGGACGCAUGUGCUGAGCUCUCACUAUGAACGCUAUCGUUGCCCUCUGCCAUUUUUGUGAGCUCCACGGUCCUCGCACCCUCUUUUGUACCGAGGUUCUGCAUUCACCGCUUCCCCAAGGUGCAAGCAGCGGGGACAUCUCCGGGCAGAAUGAGCAGGCGGAGGAGGAGGAAGGCGGCAUUCAGAUGAGCAGUCGGAUCCGCUCGCACAGCCCGGCAGAAGGUGCCAGCGCUGACUCCAGCAGCCCGGGGCCGAAGAAGUCAGACAUGUGCGAGGGUUGCCGCUCUCUUGCAGGAGGACAUCCUGGAUAUGUCAGCCACGACAAAGAAACUUCCAUCAAGUACGUCAGUCACCAGCACCCAAACCACCCCCAGCUGUUCAGCAUCGUGCGCCAGGCCUGCGUCCGCAGUCUGAGCUGUGAGGUCUGCCCAGGACGUGAAGGCCCUAUUUUUUUCGGAGAUGAACAGCAUGGUUUUGUGUUCAGCCACACCUUCUUUAUCAAAGACAGCCUGGCUCGAGGUUUCCAGCGCUGGUACAGCAUCAUCACAAUCAUGAUGGACCGGAUUUACCUCAUCAACUCCUGGCCUUUCUUGUUGGGAAAAAUUAGAGGCAUCAUUGACGAGCUUCAGGGCAAAGCACUUAAGGUGUUUGAAGCAGAGCAGUACGGGUGCCCUCAGCGUGCCCAGCGGAUGAACACGGCCUUCACUCCCUUCCUGCACCAGCGGAACGGCAAUGCGGCCCGGUCCUUAACGUCACUGACCAACGAUGAAAACCUGUGGGCAUGUUUGCAUACUUCCUUCGCUUGGCUUUUGAAAGCUUGCGGCAGCAGACUUACAGAGAAGCUUCUGGAGGGAGCACCAACAGAAGACACCCUCGUUCAGAUGGAGAAACUCGCAGACCUGAAAGAAGAGUCAGAAGGCUGGGAUGGUUCUGAGGAAGAAAAGCCUGCUCCCCAGCCAGAUGUUGUGGAAGGGCAGGAGCUGUCUAAAUGCUCACCUGAAACACCUCUGAUGCCAGAUUGCAACAGCUGGAAUGUAGCUCACAGAAGGCUGUCUGUCUUUCGCUCUCUCAGGCACAUGAGACAGGUUCUUGGGGCAUCAGCAUUCCGCAUGCUGGCGUGGCAUGUUCUGAUGGGGAACCAGGUUAUCUGGAAAGCUCGAGACAUGGAUCUUGUCCAGUCUGCUUUUGAUGUACUACGGACUAUGCUGCCUGUUGGUUGUGUGCGAAUCAUCCCCUACAGUGACCAGUACGAAGAGGCCUAUCGGUGUAACUUCCUAGGGCUCAGCCCACAUGUCCAAAUCCCAUCCCACAUAUUAUCAUCCGAGUUUGCGGUCCUUGUGGAAGUUCGCACUGCUACCCGGUCCAGUCUCUACCCCACUCUGUUUGAUGAUGAGCAGUCCCUCAACAAGUACGAGUUUGUUGUCACCAGCGGUAGCCCUGUUGCAGCAGAUCGAGUUGGCCCUACAAUCUUGAACAAGAUCGAAGCUGCCCUGACCAACCAGAACCUUUCUGUAGACGUUGUGGAUCAGUGCCUUGUUUGCCUGAAGGAGGAGUGGAUGAAUAAAGUGAAGGUCCUCUUUAAAUUCACUAAAGUGGACAGCAGACCCAAGGAGGAUACCCAAAAACUGCUGAGCAUUCUGGGAGCUGCAGAGGAGGACAAUGUCAAGCUGCUCAAGUUCUGGAUGACUGGCCUGAGCAAGACGUACAAGUCCCACCUGAUGUCAACAGUUCGCAGCCCGACGUCCUCGGAGUCCCGGAACUGAAGGGUGCCCAAACCUCACUUGCUGCCUUCAGAUAAUCGCAGGGAACCCUGAGUUGCCACUGCUGAGCCCGCAGCGCGUGCGUUAGGCGGAUAGUGAAACUUCGUCACUGUUCUUCUGGUCCUCAAAACUAACUUGAAGAGCGACUUGAGUCUUUUCUAAUUGCUGUGAGACUGGACUAAUAAGUGCUAAUAAAUAGUGCUGCUGUCUGCCCUGAAACUCAACUCUAAAUCUAGACCUGCACACUCAAGACUAAAAUACAGCAACACUCAUAGAAUGGGUGUGAAUUAAUUAAAAUCCUGUACUGUCCUCAUUCAGCAUUACGGUGUGGCAGUAGACCUCGGUUUUAGAUUUCAUUGGCAAGACUCGGAUACCUGUGACAACAUCCGGAACUCCUGGGAGUGGAUCUAGUUAAUCUCUCCAAAUCCCACGUAAAUCUCCUGAAUGCUUGUGAGAACAAGAACCAAAAA